AUGGCGCUCGCAAAGCUCUUCUCAUCCGGCCUCCUGUUCGCCUCUCUCGCCGCCUCCAAGUGGAUUGUCCCCGGCAGCAGAUGGCGUGACAACGAGGGUAGUCUCGUCAAUGCUCACGCCGGCGGUGUCACGAUCGACAAGGAAACGGGCAAGUUUUUCUGGUUCGGCGAGUACAAGAUCGAGGGCCAGGAGGAAGGCGGCGGUGUCUCCGUCUACAGCUCCGAUGAUCUCGCAACGUGGGAGUUCCACGGCAAGGCGCUGGAACCCAUCGAAGGACACCCGUACAUCUCUACCAAUAUGAUCAUCCAGCGCCCCAAGGUCGUCUACAGCGAGCCCGCCAAGGAGUAUCACAUGUGGUGGCACGCCGACAACUCAACCUACGGCCUCCUCCUCCAAGGCCUGGCGACCUCGCCCAAUAUCUCUGGCCCGUAUACGUUUGUCGACGCCACCGCGCCCCUCGGUAACUGGUCCCAGGACUUUGGCAUCUUCACCGACUACAAGGACGGCCGCUCCUACUCGCUGUACUCCAACGGCGACCGCCGCGAGGGCCGCGACGUCUACAUCUCCGCCUUCAAUGAUGACAUCACAAACGUCACCGAGGUCGUCCACCGCUUCGACAAGUACGACCUCGAGGCACCGACCAUCAUCCAAACCGACAAGAGCUACUACGCGCUCAUGUCCCAUAAGACGGGUUACCGCCCCAAUAACGUCGUCGCCUUCCGCGCCGACUCCCUCGCUGGCCCCUGGUCCCAGCCCUUCUUCGUGUCCGACGCCUAUACCCGCACGUAUAACUCCCAAUCUGGCUUCUCCCUCAAGAUCGAAGGCUCCGAGGUCACCACCUAUCUGUACCUCGGCGACCAGUGGGACUCCAACUCCCUCUGGGAGAGCCGCUACAUCUGGCUCCCUCUAGUCAUUGAUGACGAGAAAAAGUCCGUCCACGUGGAGUGGCACGACAUCUACGACCUCAACGUCAAGACUGGCGUCGUCACCCCAAUCGAAGGCACGCCUUACUACGCCCACGACGUUGCAGCCACCACCGCGGGCGCCGCCUUCAAGCAGGAGGCCACCUUUGCCAGCGGCGGCUCCAUCGUCACGGGCAUCUACGGCAACGACAGUACCGUCACCUUCACGGGCAUCCAAGGCGCCGGCGAGUCGCAGUGGGUCUCGUUCUACUACCAAAACACGGACGACAUGGGUUUCGGCGACCAGCCCGGCGGCAGCCCGGACCGCAUCGGUGGGAAGUGGCAGCUGCGCCGCGUCGCCUCCGUCGUCGUCAACGGCAACGUGGAGCAGGUUGAGACGCUGUUCCAGCGCGAUAGCCACAAGGGCAUUAUCCUGUCCACACCCCUGCAGCUGCCCCUGGAGAAGAGCUCAAACAACACCAUCACCAUUGGCGGGUUGUGGAACGGCUUUGACUUUAAGGGUGCUGAUAUUGACCGCAUCGUGGUGUACCCUCCCGAGGGCGGCUCUGUCAAGGGUUAG